AUGAAGUCGACUCUUCUCUCCAAGUUGCAAAUCCUUGCACCUGUGGUUGAGAAGCAACCCAUCACCAAUGGAGAGGAUAAAGAAGUGGGAGCUUCUUCUGAAGAUCAAGAAAUCUCCAGCGACGAGGAGACCAUUUCCCCGGACGCCCAGGGGGGUGUACGCAAGAUUGAGGCUACGACAAAGGUUUGGAGCACACAGCAUCUUAUCUUCGCAUAUGUCAUGAUAUGGAUUAUCACAUUCGUCGACACAAUGCAGCAGGGAAUGUCCAAUUCCUUCCUUCCUUAUGUCACCAGCAGUUUUAAACACCAUUCAUUGACUGCCUCGACCGGUAUUAUGUCGAGCAUCAUCGGGGGUCUAGUGAAGUUACCACUCGCCAAGGUCCUGGAUAUCUGGGGUCGACCUCAAGGCUUCGCCUUGAUGACCUUCACACUGGUUAUCGGUCUUAUCAUGAUGGCUGGAUGUAACAACGUCCAGACCUAUGCCGCUGCCCAAGUCUUCUACUGGGUCGGGUAUAACGGAAUGUCUUACACGUUGGGCAUUUUCAUUGCUGAUACAUCUGCGUUGAAAAAUCGAGCCCUUAUGUUUGCAUUUAUCUCGUCACCCUAUAUCGCCACCGUCUGGGUUGGUGGACCACUUGCGACAGCCUUCCUGAAUGGUCCUGGAUUCCGAUGGGGAUAUGGUGCUUUCUCCAUCAUUACCCCUAUCAUCACCUUUCCCCUGUACGCAGUGUUCACCUGGAACUACAACAAGGCCAAAAAGGCCGGCUUGCUGCCUUCCAGAGAGAACAACCGUACUUUUGCUCAGUCAUUCAAACACUACUUUUACGAGUUUGAUGUUAUUGGAAUCAUCCUCCUAGCUGCAGGAUUGGCUCUGUUCCUUCUCCCAUUUAGUCUCUAUUCGUACCAGAAGGACCAGUGGCGGUCAUCCAUGAUCAUAUCCAUGAUUAUUUUGGGCGGCCUCCUCAUCAUAGCCUUUGCCUUGUACGAGAAAUAUCUCGCCCCCGUCUCCUUCAUACCUUUUAACCUCCUGGUUGACCGAACCGUCCUGGGUGCCUGUAUUCUCGCCGCAAGUUUAUUCGUCAGCUUUUUCAUCUGGGACAGCUUCUUCCCUUCCUUCAUUCAAGUCGUCAACAACUUGACAAUUACAGAGGCUAGUUAUGUUGCCAACAUCUACAGCAUUGGCUCCUGCUUCUGGUCUGUCGUGGUGGGCAUCUUAAUCCGAUGGAGUGGACGCUUUAAAUGGCUUGCUCUCUAUUUUGGUGUCCCUUUGACUAUUCUCGGUGUCGGCCUCAUGAUAAACUUCCGCCAACCAGGCGUGAAUAUCGGGUAUAUCAUUAUGUGCCAGAUUUUCAUUGCCUUUGCUGGAGGUACUUUGGUUAUCUGCGAACAGAUGGCAGUUAUGGCCGCCACUUCGCAUCAGUACGUUGCUGUUGUUCUUGCAAUUGAAGGCAUGUUCGCCAGCAUUGGUGGCGCCAUCGGUCAAACGGUUGCCGCCGCGAUCUGGACCGGGGUGUUUCCCAAGAGAUUAGCGGAGUACUUACCCGAGGCGGAGAAGGCCAACGCCACCCUCAUAUACGGCGACUUGGUGGUGCAGAAGUCGUAUCCAGUUGGAAGCCCUGCAAGGAAUGCCAUCAGCAAGGCUUACGGCGAUGGGCAAAAAUAUAUGCUCAUCGGCGGCACGGCAGUUUUGGCUAUCUCUCUUGUCUCCACCAUGGUAUGGAGAGAUAUCAAAGUCAAGGACUUCAAGCAGGUCAAGGGCCGUGUCGUUUAG